GCCAUGGUGUUCCUCCCGGACGAGUCGCGGUCGCUGCCGCCGCCCCCCCUCGUUAACAAGGGCUCGGUCUGGCUGGGGCUGGCUGGCUGGCUGGCGGCACUGCUGGACAACGGCUUCAACCACCGCCCCGUCAUCCGAGCCGGCGUUCACCGCCAGAUCCUGUUCACUACCGUGGGCUGGUUUGUUGGCUAUUACCUUGCUAAACGUACGGAGUACAUACAUGCCAAACUGGACAGAGAGUUGUUUGAGUACGUCAGGCAGCACCCGGAAGACUUUAAGGCAGCAGAAAAGAGAAAAAUAGGAGAGCUUUUGGAGGAUUUCUACCCGGUUCGCUGAGGAUUUCUCCAGCGGUGACGUGUCGCAGGAUGCAUCUGCUGAGCUAAUUCCGUACCGAGAACUUCGGCGGGCUGGCUCUAACCGUUCAACCGUCCAUGGCUUGGAAAAUGAACCAUUGUCUCGCUUUCAUGUAAUAAAAGCUAUGAUUAAAUA